AUGCUGGUUCGCUCGUUCCUCGGGUUCGCCGUCUUGGCGGCAACAUGCCUCGCCGCCUCGCUGCAGGAGGUCACCGAGUUUGGAGACAACCCGACCAACAUUCAGAUGUACAUCUACGUGCCCGAUCAGCUGGACACCAACCCCCCAGUGAUCGUUGCGCUCCAUCCCUGCGGCGGAAGCGCCCAGCAGUGGUUCAGCGGGACCCAGCUGCCGUCGUAUGCCGACGACAACGGCUUCAUCCUCAUCUACCCUAGCACGCCGCACAUGAGCAACUGCUGGGACAUCCAGAACCCGGACACCCUGACCCACGGCCAGGGCGGCGACGCGCUGGGUAUCGUCAGCAUGGUCAACUACACCCUCGACAAGCACUCGGGCGACAGCUCGCGCGUGUACGCCAUGGGCUUCUCGUCCGGCGGCAUGAUGACCAACCAGCUCGCCGGCUCGUACCCGGACGUGUUCGAGGCCGGCGCCGUGUACUCGGGUGUGGCCUUUGGUUGUGCUGCGGGCGCCGAAUCUGCUACGCCGUUCAGUCCCAACCAGACCUGCGCCCAGGGCCUACAGAAGACAGCGCAGGAGUGGGGCGACUUUGUCCGGAAUGCCUAUGCGGGAUAUACCGGGCGGCGGCCGCGGAUGCAGAUCUUCCACGGGCUUGAAGACACUCUCGUCAGGCCGCAGUGCGCCGAGGAGGCGCUCAAGCAGUGGUCCAACGUCCUGGGCGUCGAGUUGACGCAGGAGGUGAGCGGAGUGCCGUCCCCCGGGUGGACCCAGAAGAUCUAUGGCGACGGGACGCAGCUGCAGGGAUUCUUUGGCCAGGGCAUCGGCCAUCAGUCGACAGUGAACGAGCAGCAGCUGCUCCAGUGGUUUGGCUUGAUCUGA